UUAUUUAAAGUUUUAAAAUCGACAUUUCAAUAUAAUAUGAAAAUCGAAAUUGUGUUCAUCCUGACAAUACUAGUUGGAUCACAGAUUGGUGUAACAGCUGUGGAUAGCAUAGAUGGAAAAUUAUUAGCAGACGAAUUGCGAAUGAUCAAAAGAGAAAUUGGUGUAAAUGUUUUGCAGGAGCAGUUUGAUAAAUUUCCUUACGUACGAAUAUCAGACACUGGAAAUGAAAUACUAAAAAGAAUACAGUCCAAUCUUGAUUCUGCACUAGAAAGUUUAGACACAGUGUUAACAAAUGUUAAGGAUAAACUUGUGUCAGUUAACCAGGAUUUUGAUUCAAUGGAUCUUCCAAGUUGUUGUGAUUUACUAGACAACACGCUAACAUUUGCACUAAAGUUUCAGACAAAGGUCAAUUUCAAUCAAGCAUGUGUUACAACUCCCCUGAUCAAAAUUGAUAACUUAAAAUAUCCUACCAGAGAUAUCAGUGCUAUAAUGAAGAAGAAUUAUGAAGACAACAAAAACGUCUUGUGGCAGCAUUAUUGUACUACAGAAGGUGUGUUUGUUUUAUACCCUGCUACCAAGUUGAAAGACUGUGACAACUUUGAUCCAAGAUUUACGACUCCAUAUGCUUCAACAGCCUCUCCCACAGACAAAGAUGUCGUUGUUGUAAUUGAUACAAGUUCAUCAAUGAGACAAAAUUCCGGAGUGCCACUCAAAACAAAAAUCGUGAUUGCUAAAGAAGCAGCAAACAAUGUGAUUCAGACACUUAAACCUAAUGACAGAAUUGCAAUUAUUACAUUUGACCAAGAUGCAUCUUCUCCUUCCGGAGAUUCGUAUCACCAAUGUUAUCAAAGACAGCUGUCAUUUGCCACGAAAGAAAAUACAGACAAACUGAAAAAUUAUAUAUUUUCUAUAGACACUGGAAGUGCAGAUUCUAACUUUGAACAGGCUCUAGUUGCUGCCUUUCAGUUUUACAAUUCCUCGGUCGACACUUUAAAAGUUCAAAAUAGAGAUCACGUUAUUCUUUUCAUCACCGAUGGAAAAUCGUCAUCCAGUUGUGAUCCUGUACAGGUUAUCAGCACUGAAAAUUCCAAACUUCAAAAUAGAAUUGCAAUAUUUACUUACCUGAUUGGAGAAGAUGAACAAGCAAAACUUCAGUUACAACAUAUGGCAAAUCAGACCUUACAUGUUCCAUCCUAUGGACCUAAACAAGUAGGACAUUUCGAACACUUUACUCUAUCCACACAGAAGUUUCUUUCUGUCAAGUUGGCCACAUUUUAUGAACAUCUGUCUACUGAUGGCCAAUCCGACCAGUCGACAUUUACAUCACCAUACGUUGAUCCAUAUUCUGGAAUAGGAUUGAUAACAUCUCUUUGUCGCACAGUUAAAGUUGCCACAGGGUUUCACGGAGUUAUGUGCACUGAUGUUAAAAUAAGUGAACUACUGUCUGAAAUAGAGUACUUCUCUGAAGAAGAAUAUUCCUACGGAUUUAUGAUAGAUGGAACUGGGAGAGUCGUUAUGCAUCCACUGUUACCAAAUGCUGCGUUUGUCAGAUCUAACGAAGAUCCUGUACUAGUUGAUAUUAGUGUUCUUGAACGUGCACAAGAAGCUAAUGCCGUUAUUGAAUCAAUGAAAAGUAUAUGUGAAAAGGUACCUCGGAGUAACUUCUCUUUGUGUAUUGUUCUUGUGGACGAAUCGUACUCGGAAAUCGACGAAUCACAGUUCCCGCCCAGCAGCAUAGAUUUAAACAAUCUGUUCAUGUUUCAUGAUCGGAGUCUUUUGAGGGAUGACUUUGAGAAUUGUAAAUUCUAUAGAAGACGUGCUACACUAGAGCACAGUUCUGUCAAGUUCACGCAGUCUGCUUUUCAGAAUCCAUUUCAAUUUCUAGACAGUGAUGAAACAGCUGAGGAUGUCACCAAAUAUGCAAAUUAUAUAACGUCAAUGGGAAGUAACCCAGGGUUUAAGCCAACUGUGCGCUCGUCUGUCUGGGCUACUUAUAAAGCUGAUCAGUUUUGGAAGCAAAACCCAGUCAGUUAUGUGUCUUGGCGGUACAUUGGUACAAAAUCAGGAAUCAUGAGAACUUAUCCGGGAAUUCUGAUGCAUAAAAACUUUGACCAUGAAAAGAGGCCUUGGUGGCGCCAGGCUUUAGGACAUCCGAACACUAUGUAUCUAACAACACCGUAUGUAGAUGGCUGGGGAUCCGGUAUAGUUCUGACAUUUAUACAUACUUUACAUAAAGCAAAUUCCAGUGCGGUAACUGCCACUGUCGCUGCUGAUUUUCCGUUACAGUAUUUUAAUUGGUUCAUUAGUAAGAUAUAUCCUUCCUGUGAAGACGGGAACAGCUGCAUUAUUUUAGACAAUAGUGGAUUUAUCGUGAUGCACCCGAGACUUAAAGACACUACAGAUGAAUCUGACUUUCAUGAACCGAAACAUAUUACUGUCGAGGAACCUGGUUUUGCUGAAAUACUGAAGAAUAAAUUAGUGCUGAAUUUCAAAGAAUGUCAAGAUUUCUCUGAGAACACAAAUCUUCGAUCAUAUAGGGUAACCAUGCCAUCAGGAUUUUUGGGUGGAUUGGAUUUUAAGGAUACGGAUGACAAAUUUGAGAUAAGACCAGUUGCUGACAGUAACUUGUUUAUUAUAAGAUUCAAGUCACGACCAUCAAGCACAUGUUCUUGUGAUGGAUCACAGUCACCGGAUGUCGUUAAAUGCCAAGGACCCUGUCAGUGUUUGUGUCAUAUACCAAUUAUCUAUGACGUUUGCGCAAACAGAUACAACACCGAAUCAGCCAGUUCACCAUGUAGUGCUAGAAUUCCAGACACAUCUGGUAAAAAUGAGCCUGAUGAUACCGAUGGACUGAAAGCAUGCUAUGCACCAAUUUGUUAUAAGAAGACGAACAAACAGGACUGUUAUAGCGAAGCUGAGUGCACGUGGUGCGAGUAUACAGACCUUGGACAAAAAAUUGCUACGCCUUGUUGUAGACUAAACGAAGAUUGUUAUUUUGGAAAAACAAAGCCUGAUAAAAGAGAUACAUGUGCGCCCCUUUCGACACCAACCCAAGCUAAAGGACAUGAUUCAUAUACAAUAAUUGGGAUAGUAAGUGGAUCAGGGGUUGCUGGAAUAAUACUAACUCUUAUUGUGUUUGGUGGGGUAAAGUACUUUAAAAUUUGUGGUAGAAAAGAUGAAAUAGAUCCAUAUAUAGAUGCUAUUGAUGAUCUGGAACUCCCCCAAUACACAGAAAAGCAAGAAAGUAAAGGUUCAGAGUUUACGGGCAAGGCUAAUCAAAACUUUUAUAAUGGCUUUAAUUAAUGAUAUAUUCGCAUAUUGUAGCUUACAUUAACCAUUUAAUACAUGAUGAUGUGUAUCUGAUAAUCGGGCACAAAACUGUAAUACAUCUAUUUUUUUCAUG